AUGUCCAAUCCUCCAAUCAAAAGUCACGAUUUAAAUUCAUCAAUUAACUUAUUGAAUGACACCAUCUACAACUACUUCGCUGAGAACUUCGGCUGUGUAGAAGACCUGCCGGACAAUUCACUCAAAUAUAAAUAUAAAAAUCACACUAUAAAGGGCUUAAAGAAAACUUUAAAACUACUAAAAUCGUCAAACUCUGAUCUUGCUGAAAUUAAAUAUGUUUUUCGUCUUGUGCGUGAUAAGCUGAAAACUUGCCAGACUAAUCAUAAUCUUGUUAAUAAUACUGAAGAAUCCUUUAACCACAAUAAAUACUUUGAACGAAAUUUCUGGGGAUAUGUAAAGAAAGUCCUUACUUACAACGAAUCCAUCCUCCCAACUUUCAAUAUAGGCGAUUGCGAAAAACAUUUUAAGACAGUAUUGACCAAGAUCAACCCAAAUAAAAUAUUUCAAAUACCAAGUUGGAUUCCUAUGUUACCCGAUCCUGUUUUUGAAUUUAACCUCGAACCACGGACUUAUCAACAAGUAACAAACAUUAUUCGCAAAAUGAAAACAUCUGGCUCACCUUCUCCUCUUGACCAAAUCUCCAUUAUUUGUUUUAAACGCUGUCCAUACCUCCGAACAUAUCAAGUAGAACUAAUCCAAGCAGUGUGGCUUUCUGGAACUGUUCCUGACGAAUGGAAGGAAGCUUGCACAACACUAAUCCACAAGAAAGGCGAUACUAAUCUCCACGAGAACUUUCGACCAAUAACCCUUCAAUCUGUACCACUGAAAGUAUUUAUUUCAAGUCUCCGUAAUGCUAUGUUCGCUUACAAACUUGCGAAUAACUUUAUUGAACACAAGAUACAAAAAGGAUUCACCCCCCAUAUCUCAGGAACAUUUGAACAGACGGCACAAAUGGCAUAUAUGAUCAAUCAAGCACGAAUUAGACAGCGAUUCUUAGUUAUAACCCUCCUUGACUUCAAGAAUGCUUUUGGUGAAGUACAUCACAAUCUAAUUCAAUCGGUUCUCGGCUAUCAUCACAUACCUGAACAUAUUCAAUUCCUGAUUAAAAGCCUCUACACAAAUUUUAAAACAUCAAUCAUCACAUCUGAUCUCAACACCCCAUUUCUACAAGUUGGUCGUGGUGUUUUGCAGGGAGAUUGUCUUAGUCCAUUAUUGUUUAACCUUUGUUUCAACACUUUUGUCCAGCACAUAAAAUCCGAAAAAUAUCAACAGUUUGGUUUUUCAUAUAAACUCUUGAACCCAAUACACUGGUUCCAAUUUGCUGAUGACGCAGCCGUGAUUACCGGUCAAGAAUCUGAAAAUCAGCAUUUAUUAAACCGAUUUGCAAUUUGGCGUCAAUGGGCUGACAUGAUUGUUCGAGUGAAUAAAUGCAGCAUAUUUGGCAUUAAAAAGGCUCUCACAAAAUCUGUUCAAUACCUCCCUAAACUUCUUAUUAACAACGCCGUUAUUCCAGCUAUUGAACUCGGUAAAUCAUUCUGCUAUUUAGGAAGAUAUGUUGAUUAUGAAAUGACUAAUAAUGAACACAAACUGGAACUAAUCUCCCUUCUAACAAAUCUAUUGAAAAAAAUAGAUCUCAAUCCAUUACAUCCGAAGAACAAGAUUCUACUUUACAAUCGUUAUGUUUUAUCGAAACUCUCCUGGCAUCUUACUAUUACAUCAAUUUCAAAAACCUGGAUUUCGAAAAACCUGGAUUCUUUAUUUACGCAAUAUGUUCGCAAAUGGCUUGAGGUACCUAUUUCUGGAACGCUGAGUAACAUCUACGUACCUAACCAGCAACAAAUUUGGUCUUAA